AUGGCAGAGAAUAUCAUUCCAUAAAAAACUGAAGGAGAUGAACGACCCAGUCUGUGUUUCUAAUAAGAAUUGGAUGGAGACAAAAUAAUCUAUAAGGAUGUUAGAAAAGCAAAUAUUCCAAAUACAGCAGAUAUUGCAUACUGUGAGAUAAGAAUAACUGAAUUAUAGGCUGAACUAGAUGCCUAACGUGAGUAGGUUUUCAAGUUAGAACAACAAUAAGAUUUGUAUGUAACAUAUGAAUAGACAAUAAAUUAAUUGCAAGAAAGAAACUAGAUUUUAAAUGAUGAAAAUAAAUAGCUGACACUUUUGCUGCGUUCUAGAACGAAAGAGUUAGAUUUAGCAAAAUUUAAGAUUCUUGAAUAUGAGUAGCAAUUAGAGAGAUUAAGGGAUGUAGAAUAAGAUUAUAAAAAUACUUAUGACUAAUUGUAGGUGAGAGAUAAAGAACUAAGAGAGUUGACAGAAAAGUACGGAUAAUUGGAAUUGAGGCACUCACAAUAGAAAGUACUUGAAUUAGAGAAUUUUGAACUUCAAAACAAAUUAUCCAAUCUCGAGAGUGAUUUGAAUGUGUAUAAGGAUAGGAACAUCAAAUUAGAAGCUGAGAGAAAGAAACUUACAGAUCUGAAGACGGAAGUAUCUACAAUUUCAAAGAUUGAAGCAACUAAGAGUGAGGUCAAUAUUUCGUAAGUUGCUAUAUCAUAGCCAGCAUAAGAUUAUGCUAAAUUCAAGGCACAGAUAUAGGAAUAAUCUGAUCUUAUUAACUAAAUGAAAAAUGAUAUUCAGGAAAAAGAUCAUAGAUUAGGAUUGCUUAAUCAUGAACUUAUUAAUUUAUAGGAAAUAUUAUCAAAUAAGAAUGAAUUAAUAUCUUAAUUACAAUCGUAACUAGAUUUAUCUGAUUCUAAACUAAAGGAAUUAGAAGGCAUGGCUGAUAAAUAUAAAUCUAAGCCUACUACUAUAAUUAAAACUAUUGAAAAAAUAGUUAAAGUCACCCCAACAGAUGCAGACGAAGAAAAGGUCAGGCUAAAUAAUGAAUUAGAGAGAGCAAACUUUGAAAUCGAAAGAUAUAAGUUUGAAUUUAACUAAUUGUAAUAAAAAUUAGAAACUCAAGAGAAAAUAAUAUCUGAUUUAACAAGAGAUAUCAGAUAAAUAAUUUCUUUAAAUGAAGAAAUUGAGUUGUUAAAGAUAGACAAGGCCAAUCAAAUAAAUGCUUUAAAUUAAAAGGAAUAAGAUUAUGAAUUUACUUUGAAUUUAUUAAAUUAAAAAACACUAGAACUCUAGAAUCUUGAUAAACUUAGGUUUAAUUUAGCAUUUGCUGAAGAUCAGAUUCAAACAAAACAAAGAGAGAUUAUCUCUUUGAAAAGAAGGGUUGGAGAUGUUGAGAAUUCAAAUAACUAAUUAAAAUAGUUAUAACCUGAAUUACGAGAGGCAAAGAGACUUAUUGAAGAAUUAAGAUCUGAGAAUGAAAAAUAAGAUUAAUAAAUUAAGUAACUCAAAUCCAAUUUGAUGGAUGCUGAUGUUGUCAUUAAUUAGUUAAAAAAAUUAGAAUAAAGAAUCAAAGCAUUAUAAAAUACAAAUUCUUUAUUAAGACAAGAAAUAACAUAAACACUUACUGAAUCUGAAUAGUGGAGACAAAAGUACAAUCAAGGAUGCUCUGAAAUUACUAGAUUAUAGAGACUAUUAGAAGUGAAUUAAUAAAGAUAAUAACUUCUUAAUGAAUUAAAUAAGAAUUUCAAAAAUGACUUUGAAGUACCUGAUAUCAAAGUAGACCCACUUCAAUCUCCCCAAAGGUUAACUAAGCAAAUUAUUUAAGAUGAUUCAUAAAUUUAAAAAAUGAAGAAUAAUUUAGUUGCAGUUGAAUUAUAACUAGAAUCAGUAUUUAGAAAUAAAAUACUUGAAUAAUAAACUUAUUAAAGCUAGAUUGAUGAAAUUAAUUCCAAAUAUCAACUGAAAAAGGGAGAAAGCGAAUCAUGGAAAUAAAAAUACUUAAAAUCGGAAUAAGAAAAUGUUAAAUUAAUGAAUAUCAAUGAGAAAUACACAGUAUUAUUACAAAGAUAUAAUUCUUAAGAAGUUAUUAUAACUAGUCUUAACGAAAAAGUCAAAUUAUUGACUUUAGAGAUGGAUAAGAGCAGAACUGAAGUUUUUAAUUUGCAUUUGCAACUAAGUCAGUUGGACGUUUAUAUAUAAGAAAGGGAUUAAUUCAAGCAGAGAGCAGACGCUUAUUAUUCAGAGAUUUAAAAUCAAUAUAAAUAGAUUCCACUUUUAAAAGCAUAAGUAUUAGAUUUAACAAGAUAAUUAAAAUUGACUGAAAUCCCUGUGAUUCAUGUUGCUUAAAAAACUGAUGCCCUUGAAAAACUAAGACAAUAAAACGUGGAAUUAGAAUAAAAAAUUGAUGAUACAUUAGAGGAUUAAAUUGAUGAAUUGUACUAAACUAAUCAGGUCUUAAGGUAAGAAUUGACUAAAUAAAUUGAUAUCAAUACCCAAUUGAUGAAGGAUUUAUCUAAUGCUGAUAGAAAGAAGCAAGAUAUACUUAUAGAACUUUAGUUAUUAUAAGCAGUUGAAAUAGAUUACUAAUAAUUAAAAAUUGCAUACUUAAACAAACAAAAAGAAAAUGAUAAAAUUAAGAUGCUAAGUGACUAAGUUGAAUUCAAUUAAAGAGAUCUUGAAAAUGCUAUACAUUCAUCAAAUCAAUUAGGAUUAGAAUAAAAAAAUGAAAUAUUAAAAUUGAGAGAGAGAACAAAUAAUUAAAAUGAUUAAGUAAAUUAAUUAUUAGUCAAACUUAAUAGUUUAUAAUAAUUGAACAAUGAUUAUAAAUUUAAAUUAAAGAUGUUCCCUGAAUUAUAAGAGAAAGUGAAUACAUAAGCCAAAUAGAUUGAUGAUUUGAAGAAGGCAUUACAAAGUUCAAAUGAGAUAAGGGAUGAAUUAACUGCUAAAUGCACUUUAUAAUAAGUCAAACUUUAAAGUUUAGGUCCUCUUUAAUCAAAGAUUGAGAGUCUAUAAUUGAUACUAGAUGAGAGAUCAAGAUAAUUAGAGAUAUAGUAAACAAAAGCUUUAGAAUUGGAGGAUAGCAAGUCAAAACUCAACUAAGAAUGGAGAAAGAAAUUUGAUGCUGUUGAAGUCUAAUUAAAAAACCAAAAAGAAUUAGAGUAAUUGUUGAAACAAUAAGAACAUGAUAUUAAUGAUAUGAUUAAUUUGAAUAAUAAAUUAAAUGUAUAGAAUAAAGAAUUAAAUGUUGCUAAUUAACUACUGAAUAAAGAUGUUGAUCAAAGAGAUAUCGAAAUAAAGAGACUGUCAGCGAUUGAAACCGAUUUCAGAAAAUUAAAUGAGAAUUUAUUAAUUGAAUUGUAGAGAAUUGCAGAUCUUACAGAUAAAUUACAAAUUUCAUAAAAUCAAUAUGAUGCUGCAAAGAGAGAUUAAGAGAGAUUAGAAAAUAAGUGUGCUAUGAUGUCUAGUGAAAUUGAGAGAUUAUCUGUUAUGGUUAAAAAUAAAAAUAUAGAAAUAUAAGGAAAUAAAGCUAUUUUACAUUAGAAUCAAUCACAAAUUGAUCAAGUUCAACCAAUAUUUGUCGAGAAUAAGAGAUUAUUUGAUGAAUUAAAUAAUGUAUUAAAAUCGAAUGAAGAAUUGAAAAUACAGUCAAUAUAAUUGUAAAAAUAAAUUGAUGAAUUAAAAUCAACUAUUAGUAAUGGUAGUAGCUACGAAAAUUAAUUAAAAUAUGAAUUAGAUUAACUUGAAUAGGUAUUAAGAAACAAAGAAAAUGAAAUCAGUGAGAUCAAAUAAUUAUUAAGACAAAGUGAGAAUUAAGUGAAAGAGACUAAGAGAGAUGAUUAAUAGUGGAUAGAUUAAUAGACAGAAAAAGAGAAAUUAACAAAUCAAUUCAAUUAUGUCAAUGAAUUGUUGAAUUCUAAAAAUGUUGAAAAUGAACAAUUAGCUAAAUAAAAUCACUUAUUGUAAUCCAAAUUAUUGGAUAAUUAAAAAUUAGAUUUCGAACAUUUGGAAUUAGCAUUGAAUACAAGAGACAAAGUAAUUGAAGAAUGGAAAGGCAAAUUUUAGAGAUUAUAACAAGACUUAUAAAAAGUUAUAGAAGAUAAAGUAGAAUUGGAAAACAGGUUCAGUACAGUAGAUUUAGAGAUUGAAAGAUGGAAAAGAAAGGCAAAUUCUAAUUCAGCUGAAAUUGAAAUGUUAAGAGUAACCAUUGAUUAACUGAAUGAUGAGAUUGAAAGAUUAAAUAAAAAUACAUAGGACCUCUUAAAUGAAAAUGAUUCAUGGAGGCAUAAGUAUGGUAAUUUAUAAUAAUUGAUACCUUAAAUGGUACAUCAUUAACCAAAUCCAGAAACUUAAGCAUAUUAGGUUACUCCAGGAAACAGUUUCAGAAUUCCCCCAGGAACUGAAAGAAAUUAGGGUAGCUUUAGAAAUUAGCCACCUCCUCUUGAUUCUAGAAGGUCUUUUAGAAGAGCUACAACUAUCGGUCUAACAAAACCAUGA